CCUGUCUGUCGACUCUUCAUUCUUCUUUUUUUUUUAACUUCAACCAGGUCUCUGCUGACCACCCACGCUCCCUACGACGUUAUUGCGAAUUGUACUUCUUACGCUCUUUAUUCUCUUAUUUUCGUCUUCUCCCUUGUCGAGCCCCUUCUAUGGCCAUUCCUGCCGCAAAUCUUCGAUAUUCUCACUAGACCCUUUCUCCCUUUACUUGAGAGAUUUGCAUUCCACUCAUUCGGCGUCAUUCAUUUCCUCGUGUAUAUUGCACAUUUCGGUGCAAAUUUGUUUUCGCUGCUGUUCGAACCGUGUGUGCUGGUAACUCUCGGUCGACGCCUUUUCACACUUUCUGCUGCCUUCUCUGCUGCUUUCCACUGUAGCACUUCCUCCUUAGCUCUGCGACGUUAUAUGCGCCAGAGAGAAAGAGAGAGAGAGACGUCUAUUAGCUUCGGCCUGUCUUUCUCUCUAAUUAGUUUAUUCUCGACGACUACUCUGAACCUCCAUCUCAUCCCUUCUCCUCUCCGAGCGUGAGAGCGGCCACCUUUCGAAAUGCGAUCCCUCUUUCCGGUGGUGCUCGGUGCACUGGGCUUGAUCUUUGUCGACGGUGUUGUUGCCCAAGAUCCUCCCGCUUGUGUGCCGACUUGCGCGAAUCAAGUGAGAAAUCAAUUCACACAAUUCUCCUGCACCAGUGCAGAUGACGCUGCCUGUUUGUGCGCAAAUGCCAAUUUUGGAUUCGGCGUGCGAGACUGUGGUCAGACUGGCUGUGGUGCUACCGACGUCCAAAUUCAGUCUUUUCUAGCUGGGUCGUUUUGUCAGGGCCAACAACUAGCAUUCUCUGCUACCGGCGCUUCAGCUCCUCCAACUUCGGGCGUAUCAUCAACUCCAGCUGCAACAGCACCAACAGAUGCCACGACUCCAGCACCAACAGCUCCAGCCUCCAGCACUUCAAUCCCGGCUUCAUCGAUUCCCCCGGCUUCAUCGAUUCCCCCGACUUCAGUGCAGCCCACAGGCCCGCCAACAACAGCACCACCAGCCUCGACAGGGGCUCCGACUUCCUCUCCGCCAACAUCAACUGCUCCUCCUCCAACUACCUCCGGCGUACAUUCGGGAACGUUUCCAUUUUCCAAUUCGACUUCAUCUGCUGCCCCUUCUACCACUGUCCCUGCUACUUCUGCCUCCUCUACUCCCACUUCUAGCGAGACGGCCGCAGCAACUCCUGCUGGUGGCUCGGGAUUAUCUCAGGGUGCAGCCAUUGGUAUCGGAGUCGGAGUUGCGGGUGGCGUAGUUGCAAUUGCCUUUGCCGCUGUCUUCAUGUUCCUCAGAAACCGCAAUAGGCCCAGUGCCUCUUUUGAUAUAUCGCAACCCCCUUCCAAUUCGGGAUCUGGACAAGGCGCUUUCGAAAAGUACUCGAAUGACAUCGAAAUGAUGUCCAACCGGUACGAAGAUAUGGUGCCUCGGCAACAGCCAAAAGUUAUGGUGUAAUUGCGUGUCGUUGUCUGCUGUAGUCUUCAGAGCAGCUAGCUAUCUGCACUCUGGUAGUGGGACUAGCUCAUAAUUGAAGACCAAUUUUCGUCCACGUUCCAUUUGUUUCAACUGCAUGGGUUAUGUCGCAGGGCUAUAAUUGAAGACUUAAUCAAGGCGGUUGUCGGAGACUAGACGAUUUAUUCCAGAGAGGGUAUCUGUUUAAUGUGUUAUCCGACAUCCACUAUCCGAAAAAGAAGAAGAGGAAGAAGAGGAAGAUACACCGGUUGAGGGUAACGUCAAGCUAAAGCUCGAUUUAUACAUUUAUAAAUUUUAGCGACGCGGGAACCAUGUCUGAUAAAAGUCUAUCCAGUCACCCGACUGUUUGUUUUUUUUCCUUUCGUUGUACAUAUAUUGAUACAGAUACAUGCUCAUUGUC